AUGCAAGCAGAUGAAACCCCAGAACUGAAAAAUCAAACAGCCAUCAAGGAAUUCAUUCUGUUGGGAUUCAGUCAUCUUCAAAACAUGAAAAUUAUUCUGCUACUAGUUUUUUUCCUGAUCUACAUCAUGACCAUGGCUGGGAAUGUCCUCAUAGUUGUGCUGGUUGUGACUGAUCGACACCUUCACACUCCCAUGUAUUUCUUCUUGGGAAACUUAUCUUGCUUGGAGUCCCUGUACACUUCAGCUAUAUUGCCUAGAAUGCUGGCUAGCUUCCUGACAGGAGACAGGACUAUUUCAGUCAAUGGUUGUUUUGUGCAACAUUAUAUUUUUGCAUACCUGGCAGCUGUGGAGUGUUAUCUCCUUUCUGCUAUGUCCUAUGAUCGCUAUUUAGCGAUAUGCAAACCUCUCCAUUAUGCAUCCCUAAUGGAUGGCAAGUUAUGCCUGCAAAUGGCAGCUGGAUCUUGGGUGACUGGCUUUCUCGCUAGUACUACAACAAUCAUAUUGAUGUCAAGGUUAGUCUUCUGUGGUCCUAAUGAGAUUGACCAUUUCUUUUGUGACACUUUCCCAGUCAUGAAGUUGUCUUGCAGUAACACAGUUCUUUUAAGAAUACUGAUUUUAAUUUUUGUAUCUAUAUUUACCUUUCCUCCAUUUACACUAACCUUAAUGUCAUACGUCUAUAUCAUUACUGCCAUUCUGAAGAUCCCAUCCAUUACUGGGAGGCAAAAAGCCUUCUCCACCUGUUCCUCACACCUCACUGUGGUAACCAUUUUCUAUGGCACAAUAGCAGCUGCAUAUGCCUUACCAGACUCUGCCACCAUGGGAGAUGUGAACAAAGCCUUUUCUGUCUUUUACACAAUCAUAACACCUCUGAUCAACCCUCUCAUAUACAGCCUAAGAAACAAGGAUGUAAGGGAGUCUCUUCAGAGGUCUGCAGUUGUAGCAUGGGUCAGAACUAGGGUAAUCGAUCAUAAAAGAGGAUUCUGCAGAAUGUGUAAGCAAAGAGAUAGGAAAAUAAUAAGAAGGAAAACGGAAAGUUCUCAUGAAAACCAUUAA